AUGUCUGUUGAUAAAGCAGAGCUAUACAAGGUUCUUUUCUCCUACGACACUGACAAAGACGAUGAAUUAGCCCUCAAAGAAGGAGAGACAAUCCGCAUUACAGGCAAAGAUAGUCCAGAUUGGUGGUUAGCGCAAAGAAUAGAUGAUAGCAAGAAAUCAGGCCUUGUGCCAAGCAAUUUUAUUGAAAAGAUACCCAGCGAAGGUAUGACACUGGCCAUUGUCAUUCAAGAUUAUUCAGCUCAAGCGCCCGAGGAACUAUCGUUGCAAAAGAACAGAAUUGUCACUGUGUUGGACCGCAAUGUCGCUGAGGGUUGGUGGAAGGGCGACUUGAAUGGAAAAAUUGGUGUUUUUCCGGCCAACCACGUGGAAUUUGUGGAAGAAGGCGUUCAUCCGGGUGAUAAUGAUAGUAAAUUAAAGAAGGACGCAUUCAAGCUGGCUUCGUAUGGCGUUAAACAAGGCGGUAUUGGUAGUAUCCUUGCUGGUGGGUUUAAUUUAAAGAGAACAGGUACCUCCAGCAACAGAGCGUCAUUGAACGAAAGACCUGCCUCCAAUGGACCCUCCAACGAAUCACAUGCACCAUCUAUUCCAACGAAACCUCAUCCUUCAUUAAUCAAACCUACUACAAGCAGCAAUAUGCCCGCCUCAGCUAAACUGAAUAUCAAUACGGCCCCUGAACCCGUCAAAAGCAACGGAGAAAGAGCCAUGGUGCUUCAUGAUUACAAACCCGAGAAUGAAGAUGAAAUCAAGCUGAUGAGAGGUGAAUACGUAACUGUCAUUGAUCAUAUGGAGAAUGAUGGAUGGUGGAAAGGCAUCAGCGAAAGUGGAGCCACUGGCAUUUUUCCCUCUAAUUUUGUGCAAAUUUUGGAAGACGAGAAACCACCUCAAAGGCCUAUUCGCGCUAGGCCUGCUACUGUAAAGACAGAGUCAUCGCCCAACAAUACACCUGCAGCUGCCGAAAGUACCAACAUGGCUCGCCCUCCACCUGUCCCUGCAGCCACUCGACCCACCUCUUUAUUGUCUAAUCGCGAGAGCCAUUCCUCCACAUCCAGUGUUGGCUCACCACCACCUCCUCGUCCUAUUACUACACCGCCCAGAUCUCUGACAACACCUCCUGUUCCAACUCGUCGCACUAAUUCCAUCAUGUCACCCUCCUCAAAUCACAGCGAUACUUUAGGUAGUCAUGGGCACAGACGUAUUCCCUCUAUCCCAUUAACAUCGCCUGAUUUGCCUCCCAUGUCUCCCGUACACGAAAGGCCAACAAGACCUAUUCCUCGCCCUACAUCCACCACGUCAACCGAUUCUGCAGCCACAGUGCCCAUUGUACCUAGUCGAGCGAAUCGUAGCAUGAGCCCCGAGAAUAAUGUCGCAAUGAGCAAUAUGGCUAAACCACCAAAGAUCAAUUUUGGAUCCAAGAGCACUUCUACGCCUGUGGUAGCUCCUGUUCGCUCACCCUCCACUAGCAGACCUUGCUCCAUCAAUGACACAUUGGACAGAGGAGAAUCAUUACCUCCUCCUCCCAAGCGAACCAUGCCACCACUUCCUGAGGCACCACCGCCAGCAGUUUCGACUGAACGAGUAAAGCCGCCUCAUCCUACUAGUGCACUCCCCUCAACACCACUCUCAAAUGAUCAAGCAGACACUGAAGAUGAGUUAGAUGCUAAAAUUCGACGACUGAUCCGAGCAGAGACCAACAAAAUCCGCAGAGAGUUUGAAACUCGAUUAGAAGAUGAACGCAUUGAACGUCUCAGACUUCAAGUUGAGCUUGAAGAAUUGCGAGCAAGUUUGAAUCAAUAA